CAGUCGGCGGAGGCUCCGACGGGACCGGCCGGGCAGAGCGAUGCGCGGCUGCAGCGAUGGCCAAAUGGUUCAAGGAGCACUUGAUCUUCAAGAGCAACAAGGGUCCUCCGCAGCCCCCCAAACCCGACUACCGACUGCGCUCGGCCGGGCAGCCCGACAUCCUGGCCGCUUACAAGCUGCAGAAAGAGCGGGACUUCGAGGACCCUUACACCGGCUCCCGGGGCUGCGGCGCUCCGGCUCCGGGCUGCGGUGCCAGCUCUUGCCCGCUCCCCAACCCCGUCAAGAAAGGCGCCGCCGAGGUCAGGUACAUCUCGCCGAAACACCGGCUCAUCAAAGUAGAAAACCCCGAGAAAAACUGCGGUAAAUCGCCCGGAUCCCCCGAGGAUCAACAGGGCAAGGUCAUUAUUCUUGAAGAUUAUGCCGAUCCUUUCGAUGCUCAGGCUGGUGUGACCCAGGCUGGUCAGGAGAAAGUGGUGGGAAACGAUGGCUACAUGGAGCCGUACGAGGCCCAAAGAAUGAUGGCAGAGAUCCGCCGGAGAGGAUCAAAGGAUGCCUCCAACAAGCCGCUGCCUCUGUACGACACGCCCUACGAGCCCACGGAGAACGGCGGAGACUCGGACGCGGAAAGGGUGCCCUCUCACCGGCCUCGCGAGAGUCGUCUCCCCGAGGAUGACGAGCGGCCUCCUGGCGAGUACGACCAGCCCUGGGAGUGGAAGAAGGGCCGGAUCUCGAAGGCCUUCGCAGUGGAGAUUAAGGUAAUUAAAGAGCUGCCUUGGCCCCCACCAGUGGGACAACUGGACAGAGCCCUGCCGGACCACGAAGGGGACAUUCUGCCUUCUCACUGCCACCUCGUGCAUCAGCACCCGCUGCCACAGACGCAGCCCACGCUCGAAGACACCAGUGUUCAGUUUGAUGAGGCGGACAGCACUCAGCAGUCCCCACCCAAGGAGGAGAAGGUGUGGCACCACAAUCGCCUGUCAGGUUCGAACCUGAAAUCCCUGAAGCAGCAGAGCGUGGAGCUGGGGGAGAAGGUGGAGGCAGACCUGCCCCUCGUCAGCCAGACCUGGUAUCAUGGAGCUAUCAGCCGGACGGAUGCUGAGAACCUCCUGCGUCUGUGUAAAGAGGCCAGUUACCUGGUGAGGAACAGCGAGACCACCAAGAACGACUACUCCCUCUCGCUGAAGAGUAACCAGGGGUUCAUGCACAUGAAACUCACGCGGACCAAAGAGAGCAAGUACAUCCUGGGCCUGAACAGUCCCCCAUUUGACAGCGUGCCAGAAGUAAUCCACUACUACAGCAGUCGUAAACUGCCCAUUAAAGGGGCCGAACACAUGUCCCUCCUGUACCCCGUGGCUAUCAGAACACUAUAGCAAUGGCAGCAACUCCCACUGGCACAGGACUGUAUCGUAUGGGCACGCACACACUCCCUCACUCACACAGAGGCAGCCCUUUGAUCUUUGACCUUCAGCAUUGCCGAGCAGAACCAGAGGGACUGUCUUCAGACAUUGAUGGCACGAGGCUGCAGUUACCUUCACCCCAAUCACAACGUCCGAGAGAACACUGCGCACUGCAGACCCGAACCAUGGUGCCCCACCGGAAGCUGCAGUUUGCCUGCCGUAUUCACGGGAUUUAUCAGUGUUGCAAUUUCCUGCAAGUCUAGACUGCUGUCAAAAUCCUUACUUGAUGACUAUUUAUAUGCAGAGUUUUCCUGUUCGUGUCUAGGGGCUUUCUUGAGCCUGUGAGAUCUCCAGUUCCUCCAAGUGUAAGGGCACUGAACAACCCCCAGAUCUAGUCCUAAAUUCACAGUUUGUCUGAAAAAGUAGCAGGUUGGGAAGUUAUAACUGAUACUAUAUGCUGGUGCGUUCAAAGGUGAAUCAGUGGUACGAAGUGAGCAUCUUGUUGGACAGCGUAUAGAGAGCUCUACUCAGUAUUUGAAGGGACAGUAUGGAGAAAGCUAUUCUCUUAUGUCUAACCCCUGCUGUCCCUGUCCUGGGAGUGUAUGAAGGGAGAUUUACUCUGCAUGUAAACUGUGCUGUGUCUGCUAUGAGCAUGUGUGUUGGGACAAUGUAGAGGGAACCAUACUAAAUGUCUAACCCCUGCUGUCCCUGCCCUGCGAGUGUGUGGUGAGACAAUUAGAAAGAACUUUCUUCUGUACUUAACCUGUCCUGCUUCCAUCCUGGAGUGUGCAAUGGGUCUGUUUAGAGCAAGCCUUACUCUGUAACUAACCUAUGCUGUCUCUGUCCUGGGAGUUUGAAUUGGGGCAGUGUAGAGGGAGCUUUUCUCUGCACUGUCUCCACCCUGGGAAUAAAUGGGUCUGUUUAGAGUGAGUUUACUCCGUAACUAACCUGUGCUGUCUCCGUCCUGGGAGUGUGUGAUGGGUCAGUUUAGAGUGAGGCUUACUCUUUAUGUAACUUGAGUUGACCCUGUCCUGUGACCAUGAUCGAUAGUUGUGCGAAACUACGAAGGUUUCUCUCACAGGGACAUCUCUCACUCUGAAGAAAUGGAAGCCACAGUAAUACCCAGCACUUGACCACCCACUAACAACUGAGCUGUGCCAAGCACUGCUCUUGGGAAGAACAAAGACAACUUGUUCCUGGUGUUUAAUGGAAGAAAGGGUAUGAAACAUUCUAAAUAGUGGGGGUAGACAGGAGUUGCUUUCCUGAGAAACUACCAGUAAGUGGUGGCUGGGGAAAGAGUGCAGACAAGCUGAAGAGCUUUGAAAAUGGUCGACGUGGGAGUUAAUGAGGAAUCUAGUAAUUUACUGAAGGCAAGUACUUAAAAUGGGGGACUAAGAUGUCAUUUAUAUUCCAAUAUCACAAGCAGUAUUUUUUUUACAGUUCCCAACUCUAGUGGGUUUUAAAACUUGCCCUUAUACAUUCAUAGUAUCUGUUUACGUGCUCCGUUUCAAUGGAGAUAUUCCUUGUGGAGCAAUAGAGUUUUACUAUUUACAGCUUCGAAACUGGCCAUUCAGCCCACAUAGUUUCUGCUCCCCCCUGACCGUCCUCCCACACCCUUCUAUUCAUUCCCCACUCUAAUGUAGAAAUGAACCAUUUGGCCCAUCUAGUGCAGCCAGUGGCUAGGGUGCCACGGUAGCAUAGCUGUUAGUGCAAUGCAUUCCAGUGUACAGAGUUCAAUCCCAGUGCCGUCUGCAAGGAGUUUGAACGUUCUCCACAUGAGCACAUGGGUUUCCUGCAGGCGCUCUGGGUUCCUCCCACAGUCCAAAGACGUACCAGUGAAUAGGUUAAUUGGUCAUUGUAAAUUGUCUUGUGAUUAGACAAUAGACAAUAGGUGCAGGAGUAGGCCAUUCAGCCCUUUGAGCCAGCACCACCAUUCACUGUGAUCAUGGCUGAUCAUCCACAAUCAGUACCCUUUUCCUGCCUUCUCCCCAUAUCCCUUCACUCUGCUAUCUUUAAGAGCUCUAUCUAACUCUUUCUUGAAAGAAUCCAGAGAAUUGGCCUCCACUGCCUCCUGAGGCAGAGCAUUCCACAGAUCCACAACCCUCUUUGUGAAAGUUUUUCCUCAACUCCGUUCUAAAUUGUCCACCCCUUAUUCUUAAACUGUGGCCUCUGGUUCUGGACUCCCCCAACAUCGGGAACAUGUUUCCUGCCUCUAGCGUGUCCAAUCCCUUAAUAAUCUUAUAUGUUUCAAUCAGAUCCCCUCUCAUCCUUCUAAAUUCCAGUGUGUACAACCCCAGUCGCUCCAGUCUUUCAACAUCUGACAGUCCCACCAUCCCGGGAAUUAACCUCAUGAAUCUACACUGAGUGUUAAGUAGCCUCGUCGCUGGGCAGUGAGGCUUGUUGGGCCAGAAGAGCCUGUUCUGUGCUCUAUCUCUAAACAAACAAAUAAAUAAAUAAUAAAAUCGCUUAUGUGCUGAUCCCCUAGAGGAGCAAUCCCAAUGGUCCCAUUUCCUCUUCCUUCCCUGUCAGCUCUCCUCCCCGAGAGUAAGGGGUGUUACAGUAGCUACUUAACCUGUCAGCCCACACGCGCCUGGGGUGUGGGAGGAAUCCAGCACCCAGAAUAAACCCACACGGUCACGGGGAGAAUGUGAACAUUCUUUAUACAGACAGUACUGGAGGUCAGGAUCGAACCCAGCUCUCCAGAGCUGUGAAACAGCAGCUCUCCUCACUGUGCUACCGUGGGUCUAUCUGACCACCUAUUGAAACCAUUACUGCUAUUUGCCCCACCCAUGCCUCACGGGAGUGAGGGCCACAUUUCCAUCACUGCCUGGGGAAGCAGGUCUCCGAGUGGGUAGUCCAUCCCGUUCAAAAUGCCCCUAAUUCUGGCCUCCCACAAGGAGAAACAGCUCUCUCCCCCACUGAAUGCUGAUUUUAUUAAAGAUCUACAUGGGCUUCAGGACCAUAAGGCACGGGAGCAGAAUUAGCCUGUUGAGUCUUCCCCACCGUUCAGUCAUCCCUUUCAACCCCAUUCUCCUACCUUCUCCCCGUAAUCUUUGCUGCUCAUACUUAUCAAGAACCUAGUAACCGCCUCUUUAAUGAUGUGGCCUCCACAGCUGUCUGCGGCAAUGAAUUCCACAGAUUCACCACCCUCUGGCUAAAGAAGUCUAUCUUCAUCUCUGUUCUAAAGGGACAUCCCUCUACUCUGAGGCUGUGCCCUCUGGUCCUUGACUCUUCCAUCACUGGAAACAUUCUCUCCACAUGCCUGUCCUUUCAAUAUAACAGCAUAAGCUACAGGAGCAGAAUUAAGCCAUCUGGCCCAUCAAGUCUGCUCCGCUAUUUGCUCAUGGCUGAUCCAAUUCUCCUCUCAGCCCCAAUCUCCUGCUUUCUCCCCAUAUCCCUUCAUACCCUAACCAAUCAAGUAUCUAUCAACCUCUGCCUUAAAUAUUCAUAGACUUGGCCUCCACAGCUGCCUGUGGCAAAGAAUUCCACAGAUUCACCACUCUCUGGCUGAAGAAUAAAAAUAAAAAAUAGGUUUCAAUGAGAUCCUCCCUCAUUCUUCUGAACUCCAGUGAGUACAAGACCAGAACCAUCAAAUGCUCCUCAUAUGUUAACCCUUUCAUUCCCGGGAUUAUUCUUGUGAACCUCCUCUUGUUCCUCUCCAAUGGCCAGCACACCCUCUCUGCGAUAAAGGCCCAAAAUUGCUCAGCAUACUCCAUGUGCAGCCUGACCAAUGCCUUACAAAGGCUCAGCAUUGCAUCCCAUAACACUGGACCAUAAUGACACUCCUCUGUGUGGAAUCCUACAACAGGAUGAAUUGGGAGUGUGGGAGAGGUCUGAGGAGUUGGCCCAUUGAGGUUCACACUCGGUCUUCCUGAUCCCACCAAGACAGCUUGAGAAUUCCAGUCUUCUGGUCCCAGAACACAGGGCAGUGAGGUGGUUGGAUUUAUAUUGAACUCCCAUUCUGUGGGCUUCAGAGAAAGAAAUCUGUCUUCCUUCUGUGGAUCUAGACAUCAUCUCCAAUCCACACAUGGUUGAAUCCAGUGGUGACUGCCGACAAGGGUUGAGCAAUAAGAAAAAUGUCUCCCGGGGAGGCAAUGACAUAAGUCCAUGGGUGUUGUCCAUGCCUUUGACCUUCAGCCUGUGGCAUGGUGAACAACAGUGGUGACGGGUGUGUGGUUAUACUUGGGAGAGUGUAAUGGGCUACAUUGCAUUGCACCCGGUUGCUCAACAUGGAAGUUAGCACUCAACUAGAAUGCUGAUUGGUGGAGACACUUAGUGGGGUAGAGGUCACUGGGUUGGGAGACCAGGUUGGGGCCGUGGUGGGAUGGGGAGGUGGUAUGUCUACUGUUAAUCCUGGUGUGCAAAUGUUAGGAGAGGUCACAUCUGGAUUCAGCUGUGGCUAAAUGUCCAAACAUUCCAGAACGUGAAGAAUGAGCCAGGGAUGGCUAGAAGGACAUUGAGUCAGUCUGGUCUGGGUGUGAGCUCGGUCAGUCUGGUCUCUGGGUCAGUCUGGUCUGGGUGUGAGCUUAGUCAGUCUGAUCUCUGGGUCAAUCUGGUCUGGGUGUGAGCUUGGUCAGUCUGCUCUCUAGGUUAGUUUGGUCUGGAUGUGAGCUCGAUCAGUCUGGUCUCUGGGUUGGUCUGGUCUGGGUCUGAGCUCGGUCAGUCUGGUCUGGGUGUGAGCUCGGUCAGUCUGGUCUCUGAGUUGGUCUGGUCUGGGUGUGAGCUCGGUCAGUCUGGUCUCUGGGUUGGUCUGGUCUGGGUGUAAGCUCGGUCAGUCUUGUCUCUGGGUCAGUCUGGUCUGGGUCUGAGCUUGGUCAGUCUGGUCUCUGGGUCAGUCUGGUCUGGGUGUGAGCUCGGUCAGUCUGGUCUCUGGGUUGGUCUGGUCUGGGUGUAAGCUCGGUCAGUCUUGUCUCUGGGUCAGUCUGGUCUGGGUCUGAGCUUGGUCAGUCUGGUCUGGGUGUGAGCUCGGUCAGUCUGGUCUCUGGGUUGGUCUGGUCUGGGUCAGUUUGGUCUGGGUUAGUUUGGUCUGGGUCUGAGCUCGGUCAGUCUUGUCUCUGGGUUGGUCUGGUCUGGGUGUAAGCUCGGUCAGUCUUGUCUCUGGGUCAGUCUGGUCUGGGUGUGAGCUCGGUCAGUCUGGUCUCCGGGUUGGUCUGGUCUGGGUCAGUUUGAUCUGGGUGUAAGCUCGGUCAGUCUUGUCUUGGUUUGGUUUGGUCUGGGUUAAUCUGCCCUGGGUCAGUCUGGUUUAUGUCAUUUUGUCCUGGUUCAGUCUGGUUGGGUCAGUCUGUCCCUGGUUGUGAGAGGAGAGGAUGAGAAUGAAGUGAGCACAACCAGCUGAACUCCCACAACCAGUCAGCCCACUCUGCCUGAAGCUUUCACAAUGGCACAGUGAUUCAGAAGGAUCCCUUUAUGUGAUGCCCUGCACUGUGGAGCCGUUUCGGUAUGUUAUUUAUUAAAUUUAGUAACUGAUCUGACGCACUUGUGUCUGGGAUGUUGCAUCAAUGAUCAUUAAACUUCCAUGCUUGUUUAAUAUGCUCUCAGCUCUUGAUCUGGAGCAGCUAUGUCAAGGACACGU